AUGGCUUCGAAGCUGCUGCAGCGGCCAGCACGCCAAUUGCUCGCUCGAGCCAACACCACAUCCAAUGCAUCCUGUGUAUGCCCGGCACGAGCCUUCCAUGCGUCUGCACCUCGACAAGACCCCGUCCUCGAUGCCAUCCUCUACCUGCCACACGAGAUGAUGGGCCUGAUCCACACCCAGGUCCCGUGGUACGCCGCCAUUCCACUCUCGGCCUUCCUCCUUCGAGGCGCACUCGUCACGAGUGUUGGAACGUGGGCACGCUCGCUCAUGGCACGCUACAUCGGUCUGCAACCACUCCGCCAGGCCCUUGCACGCGCAAAGCGUGAUGAAGUGCUCAGGGAGAUGCACAAGCAGGGUGGAGCUCGGUCGCCGAAAGAGGCCAAGACUAGGACUAUGGCCGAAGUCAACAAGGCCGUCACACAGCUGGACGCCCGGUGGAAGGUAUCGCUCAAGGGCCAGAUUGGGUGGACCUUGAUCCAGAUACCCAUCUUCUUCACCAUGGCCGAGGUCAUCAGGAAGAUGUGCGGUGCGAGAGACGGACUUUUGGCUCUGACUGCUUCUUCGGUGGAAGGGAUCAAGGGUGCCCUCAACGACACGACCAACGUGGAGGGAGUAGCUGCAUUGUCUACGAGCCCCUUCUUCGAGCCGUCACUCGCAAUCGAAGGCAUGCUAUGGUUUCCAAACCUGAUUACGCCGGAUCCCUUCCUACCCUUCAUCGUCUCAGGCCUCAUGUUCUCGAACAUCUACUUCACCAAGAACGCGCCCACGAGCGACAAGAACUGGCCCAACGCUAUUCGACGAUUACUUCUUGGUGUUUCGUUACUCAUUGGCCCGCUGUGCCAGAAUUUGCCUGCCGGCUUGAUGCUCUACUGGGCUGGGAGUACGACAUCAGUCAUGGUCUGGAACAAGUGGCUCGACUGGAAGUACCCAGCGCCUACGGACUUCACGGCCUGCAGGAGACCGCUGCAGAUGCCGCCGGUCAUGAAAUCGAAAGCCCCAGUCAGGAGAAUAUGA